CUGGAGUGCCAACAGGGCAGUGUGAAAACAUUUAAAAUGCACCACUGUGGCACCAGGAGGGCAGUCAAGCAAAGAUGGGUGGCAUGACACGUCUUCUCCUCCUUUUGCUGUGGGUUGGUGUCACAGUGAGCACAGCUGUGGAUCUGCAGAAGAGAAUCAUUGGGGGUCAAACAUGUGGAAAUGGAGAGCGUCAGUACCAUGUGAAGUUGAUUGGAAAUGAUGGGACCCAUAACUUCUUGUGCGGUGGCUCUCUGAUCAGUGACCAGUGGAUCCUGACUGCAGCUCACUGCAAGCAGAAGGAAAUAACAGCAUAUUUAGGUGUGCAUCCAGGUUUAGGUCCAGGAACACCAGGCGCGACAAAUAAGCACAAGACCUUUAAGAAAUGGAAGUAUAUUUUCUUUAAAGAGAAACAUGACAUCAUGCUGCUGAAGCUAGAAAAAACCACCACUAUUCAACCUGUAGACCCGCCUGACUGUAGCAAACGCCCCACUGUUGGUAAGAUGGUUCAGGUUGCAGGUCAUGGACCAACAACUCUGGGUCCUAAUGGCAAGAGAGUACCUGGUGAAUCAGACACACUCCAGUGUGUAGAACUUGAAAUUGUAGCCAAUUCAUACAAAAACUGUUUGGACAAAUCAGAUUAUAUGAAAAAAUAUGGCGAAAGUCACUUUAAACUUUACCAAUCUCAGGGAAAGGAUAUAUCUCUGGGUGACUCUGGUGGUGGAGUGGUGUACAACAACAUGAUUUAUGGUGUCAAUGCUUUCACACGUAGUGGUACCUAUGGCUGUGUUGCACCUGCUGGAUUCGUGGACGUCUGUGAAUACAAGGAAUGGAUUGAAAAGACUGCUGGUAUCAAAUUUGAGCCCAGAGUCGCGGGACAACCAAAUAGUGGCUAACUGUGAAAUGUCUGUCAUCUUAGGCACUUCAUGUUUAAUUCACAAGUUACCAAGCUGUAUUUGUGAUUGAUGCAUUGCCACUUGAUUGGUAUUCUUUCAACAUGUAACUUAUGAUUUGAAAAGUGCUUACUACAAGAACGUAUAAAUAAAGAAGUCUUACAGCAUGA